GAGUCUACUUCGGUUUACCCGGCUGUUCCAGGGUACAUCUUAGUAUAAGUCUAGGUUAUAUACAUGCAUAAUUGCACAAGAAAUAUUCACAAAAGAUCAGUGAGUUUGAUGCGUGACAUCAGACCUAAAUAUAGACACAUCACGCAAAAAUCGAACUAAAAAAAUCCCCGUAGGAAAUGCGAUCAACAGUUCGAACACUGAAAUUCUGUUUAUGCUUCUAAUGUUUCGCAACAAGUGUAAGCUAAACCAUUUAGUACUCUACUAUGCAAAGUUUACACUUUGAAUGAAAUAUGUUUGGUUACACAGCUCUAGAUCCUUAUUUGCAAGCCGAAGGGUUUCGGCCAUUUUGAAUCAAACCCAGCUACUAACCUAAACCACAAUUCCAGUUGUAUCAUGUCGGACAGAUUGAUGUUUUCUUUAGGAAGCAGACUGUUGCUUUACUGUGCGGUGUUUUUCGCAUUUGCGGUUGAUUUCACAGAUGGAGAAAGAUGCGAGUCUAAUCAGUAUACGAUUGACCAUGGUGAUGGAACCUCCGUAUGCCAAAACUGUCAGGAAUGCCCGCAUGGCCAAGGUCUCGAGCCAUCUUGUGGAAAGAAGCUCUAUCAUCCUCCAAAAAUAGAGUGUGUGUCUUGUACUUCUGGUAAAACUUACUCUGACACAUACGGAGUAAGCUCAUGCAAACCUUGUCACAUAUGCACAACUAGAGUAAAAAAGAACUGUACAGUUGAGAGUGAUACACAGUGCACAGAUGAUUGCAAGCACAAGCCAAGGACAUACUAUGAAAAUAGUACACAUGACUGCCAGCCAUGCUCCUACUGCUGUAAACCUGAAUCUGCAGUGUUACAAGCAGAAUGUGCUGCUCAAGGCUUACCUAAACAACGCCAGUGUUCUAUACAUGACACAUGCCCAACACCUACACCAAGAUUUUCAGGCCAGACAAGUUUACCCGCCAAGAGCACCACAGAAUACCAAACAGCAACAGAGGGUCCUGGAGGCAUCUCAAAGUGGAGCAUUACUUGGAUUGUAAUAGCAGUUAUUGUAGCAAUAUUAUUGGGAAUCUUUAUUUUUUAUUGGAUACGUCGGAAAAAGAAAAAGAGGGAAAGAGGGAGACAACAAGGACAAGCUGGUCAAAAUGGAGGCCCUGAAGAAGGUUACCCUCUCAGGUCUCAAGGACAACAAGAGUGUGGCAUUAAAAUAGUUCACAGUCCUGAGCAAACUCUCAAAACAAUGCAAGAAGGAAAAAGUCAUUCAUUUGUUUGCAACAUUAUGGAACCCUAUCCCAAUUGUUGCUCCCCAAGGUACCAAUGGUAUAAAGAUGGAAUUGAAAUACAGGGGGAAAGAAGAGAAAAUUUGACUUUGAAACAUUUAACUGUACCUCAAUUUGGUGUAUAUUACUGUUCUGUGUCCUGCUCUCAUCACACCAACCAGGAGAAGACAGAGGAUAAAGAGCUUGAUGUCACACCUUCACCAAACAAAGAGUACAAGAAAAUUUACGAUUUAUCCCAAGAAAGUGAGAGUAUUCUAGUUCAACUUCUGUCAACUAAACAUUCACACAGUAUAGGAAACUGGAAAAAAGUAGGAACGGAGUAUGGAAUGGAAAGAGUUACACUGAAUUCUUUUGAUGGAAAAGAUGGUGCAGCCCAAGACGUGAUAGAUUAUAUAAAAUCUGCCAAGCCCGAUUUGACAGUUUACACAUUUUGCAAAUAUUUGAAGACAAUAAAUCGAAGAGAUGCUGUCCUUAAACUGGAAGGAGAACUUACAGUAGACAAGCAUUUGGGAGAAAUACCUUCCGGGAAGAGGGAGCCUAAAAAUACUGAAAAAUCAAAUCGGGCGGAAAGUGGAAUAGAGCUUUCCAGCGAAUCUCUGCCGCUAACGGUCGACCUACAAAGCCCAUCAAGCCCAAAAAAUUCACCAGUGCACGACCGUAAUGUGUACGUGGCUACCCCUCCACGGGAUCCAUCACCUCCUCUUGUCAAGUUUAAGUUUUCUAACCCUGGACUGCACGAAUCUCCUUACCAAAGUGAAGACGAACUGGAUGGCAAGCCGCCUACGAGGCAGUCUCAUCAAGUCAGUGGUAAUCCAUUAGACAGGUCUUUUGAUUCACUUGAGGAUCGCGAUGAACCGAAAAGCUUGCCUGGGCCGGAAAAUCUCGAGAGAAAGCGUGCCUACUCGCGACAGCAAAGCUCGGAUUCGGCCAAAUCAAACCAAUCGAAUACAAGUGAAGGUGGCCAGCCCCCUAGACGUAAAUCGUCGCAAACCAGCUUAAAGAACUAUUUUGCAAAAGGGAAGGAUGCUCUUAGUAGGCAGUUGUCGAAUGAUCCGUCUCCUGAAGAAAGGCUUCAGCUAACAGAUGAUCAGACAGAAGACUCACCUUUUUUGCCAAGACGAGAUGUUGAUGCCUGAUGUGCUGCCAUUACGAACAUACGGGGAGGCUAAAGGCAACCCCUGUCCGAAUACUUAAACCCAAACUGAAAGAUGCAACAAGUGUUAUAUCUCCCACAAAUGGAUCUCUGCGGGUCACAGGGUAUAGUCAUGUUUGCAGCCGCUCCUGUCGGAGUCACGCAAUGCUCCCCGCCUGCACAGCUGCAAACCCAGUCUCGUACCCAGACCCCGCGCGAUGCAUUCUGGAGAGGUUAAAUAGAUGUCCCCGCAACAGCAAGUAACGACUGGGUACUAGUCUGCUGCAAAUCGAAAGAGGCUUGUCACGGUGCGUCGAGGUUAUUUUCGCCGAUGCUGGCCCAUUGCGCAUGCAUGCAUGCAUUUAAAAACUCGAAAACAUCAUUCUCUAAGAACGGAAGUUGCUUAUGGCAGAGUCGUAGCAGGCCUCUCGGUACAGAAACAUCAAGAAAGUUAGGGGUCACAGCCACGCCCCUGCUGGUCAUUUCCAUAUAAAUUUUUUAAAUAUUGGUGUGCCACGUGCCCCAAAUGCCCCUGCCACGGCCCUGUAGGUACUAAUAAUUCGUAUGAAUUAAGGUCGUAAAAAACCCCAGCUAAGACAGAACCAUGCAUUGAAAAAAAAAACAUUAAUGAAUAGUUGUAAAUAACACGCCGACAAUCGCACAUCUCUACAUUUGAUUGAAGUAAUUAAGAUCGAUUGUUCCUUUCUAUCGGGCUGCCAUUUUCCAAUCACCAUUUUCCGACCCUUUCUACCAUUUAACAUGGUGGUGUAUACCACGAUAAAUUAAGCAAUCUAGAUAUUGUACUGAAUCGAAUUUUUAUAGUGUUAUUAUUCAUUAUUCAAAAUUAUUCAUUAUUUUGUGUAACAAAUUUUAAAUUCUUGCAAAAUCCCCUCGUUGUCACGAGCUUGGCCUGUACAUUUCUCACGGUAAAGCGAGGAAGUCCCUGGUCUAAAUACAUUGUAAAUAUAGCAGAUAUAAUUAAAAUGUUUCCAGUA